AUGUCGGCUGAUAGAAUAAAGUUCAUCAUCAAUACGUCAGCCGAUUACUUCAACGUUGCACCCGCAUUCGAUGACGAUGAAGUGGCAAUUAGAGAAUUUUUCGAAAAUGAUGACUUGACGGUGCUAACAGCUACGCGCACCAAUAAUCACGUCAUCUUUUUGCAUGAGAUACCGCAAGAAGCGGAAUUCUCCCUUAUUUUCUACAAAAUUCCAAAAUCAAAUUAUCAAGUGCAUCAGGGAGCCGCCAAUAAUGAAAAUCAUCAUCAAGAACAACAACAGCAAAUCGGAUUAUUGACAUUGGAGGGAGGCAUGGUGAAAUCUAUCUAUAAUUCCGUUACACGAGUCUUUUCUGCAAAAUCAUCUAAACGCUCGGAAUAUUCACCGGAAUUAAUUAAUAUCAUUGAAACAUUACAAACAAAUUUGAGUAAUACACUUGGAUUAUCAGAUACUGGCAUCCAUUCAAUACAAAAUGAAAUUAAUUUUUGGCGAAAUAAAUUAUCACAUGCAUCCACGAAGGCAGACAAGGAGGCAGCGAAAAAUUUCUCCUACUCUCUGGAAAAAAUCAAUGAAAGAUUAACAAAAGAGGAAUUAGAUUCCCUGUCGAGCAUCGAGGAAUUUUUGGACUUUUCGAACAAUGCGCUGGACGAAAUAUGGCGACUGCCGUAUCAAUAUCCCCAGAAUCGCAUGAAAAACGUACUGGAUCUCCUGUCCUCUAUUAUUAUCACCGGUUGCAUUGACAUCACUUCAAAAGAGGAUAUAUGGAAUGCUAAUCCUAUUUACAUUUACGGUACAAUGACUCAGGCAAAAGAAAUUGCCAAUUCAUGGAUACAACAGUGUGACACUUUGACACGGUUGUUUUGGACAAAUUACAGUCAGCACACGUGGAUCGGUGAUGCCUAUGUCCCGAUGUUGGCGGUCCAUUUCAAGGAACGCAUAGAAGAGAUUCUACAAAUGAAAAACAUCCACAAACAAAUAUCCACGCUAUUUAUUCACGAGCAACAACAACAUCAACAACAACACCAGGACCAAAUAUUGUUAAAAGCGGAAUAUUUAUUUGCACCUUUUAGAGAGAUAAAUAUCUACGAUAUUGGACCGUUAGGGCAGAAAAGAUGGUACAAAGCCAAAAAAGAAUUUGAAUAUACAUUGACACAAAUUGAUGAUAAAAUUGCAAUUUUACUAAAAGGAUUGAUACAUAACCAUUUGAAUAAUACCCGGCAAGUAGUGCACAUUUUCAAUAAAUACCAAAAUGUAUUGUCUCGAGAUACGGUGCGAAAGGCAUUGGUUGCCGAACGGGAAAAUUUAUUGUCCACUUUGCCAAAGUUGUUUCUGGAUUUGCGAGAUACGCUGAUGCAGAGUCAACUGGAUGUCGGCGAUCGUUCGCAGAUUGUAACGGAGUCCAAGUGGCUGAAAAUUGUCGAGCAUCAACUAAUUGAAAUCCAGAAGAUUUGUGAUACGGUACUGAAUGAUUUAAAGGGCUUCGACAUUGUGUUUGCCCAGCUGAAGGAAUUCAUCGAGGAGACGCAGGCAUUGUUGAAAGUAAAUUUUCAAACGUGGUGCGAACGGAGUCUUGAUGCCGUACGUUCCGGAGAUUUAGUCUUGCACGACAACGCUCCCGUGGUGAAAUUUGACGAAGGUGAAGGCCUGAUGUUUGUCACCUUCAAUCCCAUGUUCAUCAAUUUCUGUAACGACGUACGCGAAUUCGAGGCUUUGGGCUAUCGGGUCCCCACAGAAUUGCACACAUGUGCCCGUCACGCGUCCAAAUUCAUCUCGCAUGCACGUCAUCUCCAGCAAAUUGCCUCAUUUCACAACACAGUUGGCGACAGAAUGGUGCCGUGCCAACGUCCAAUUAUGCUAAAGAACGCCGUGGAAUUGUCACGCCUCGUAAAAAGUGAAAGUGUAUCGUGGAACGACGAGGCAUCUGUCACACGGUACAUCGCGAUGCUGCAAGCUGCCGUAAAUAAGUUAUCGCACGAUAAUAAUUUACUCACGGGAUAUCACAUGAACGCAAUCAAAAUUAUUGGCAAAUUAAUGACAACCGAUUUGAUCAGACAAAGUGGCAGCUGGAAAGACGAAAUGAAGAGUCUACGUGACAUUAUUAGCACUCUCGAGCGACAGGGAUACUCGAAUUUGAAUGCAUUCAAGUUGCAUCUCGACCAUCAGUUGUACAAGGUGCUGGAGUAUCAAUAUAUCACCGGACUAAUUGACAUCAAUCACAAGUUGCCCGAAAUCAGCAUUGACAUUGUGUUCCGGCAGCAACAAUUGCAAUUUCGCCCCACAAUCGAGGAAAUUCGAUCAAAGUAUUUCUCGCAGCUGCGAAAAUUUCUCGAGAAACCGAUGAGUUUCCGGGGAGUUUCCGACCAGGGUGGCAAGUUGUUUCGCACGAUGGUAGAACGCAAUCGAGAGAGAUUUACGACGUUGUAUCAAGCUGGCGACAAUAUCCUGAAGAAAUUGGAAACGGUGAAGGAAACGUGGUUGCCAUGGGUGGCAUUGGGCUGUGUCGAUAUCGAGGAAUUGUGCAAUAAGCAUCUCAAGACGUGGGAACAGUGGGACAUGAAUUUCAAGACUUGCAAACAUUUUAGUCAACAAAUUGCGAAAAUUCAAAAAACUGAAGAACGUCUCGAUUGUUUCGUCAUCAAUUUAUCCCCUUUGAGAUCGGAUAUCGAAUUCAUCAGCAGACGUUAUUGGGAAGCCUUGGUUUAUAGUCUUCGCUCGUCAAUUCUCGAAGACAUUUCAAUCUUGCAGGAAUAUCUCACAAAUGCUCUUCAAGUACUUCAACACAUUCCGCUCGACGAAAAAGGAAUUAUUGACACAAGUGCUAAAUACGAAAAAAUUGUAGCUGACUAUCCAAAGAUGUCGAGUACAAUCCAAUCAGUUCAAAACAAAGACACUUGUCUCGCUGGUUGGUGCAAGGAACGUGUAAGUGCCCUUUCGACUCUCAUUAUGCAAUGGGAUCAACUUCAACCCUUGAUCGACAACCAUCAAACACUGUUGCAAGGACAACUUGACGUCAUCAAGCAAAAUAUCGAAGUGCAAGUCGACAAAAUGGCUGAAGAAGCAAGCAAAUUCGCACUUCGUUGGGAAGCAACUCUCAAAGACUUGGAGGCGAGCGACGAAGCCGACAUUACGCUAUUCAGGGAACGUCAAAAUCAGUGGAAAAUGAUACAAGAUAAAAAGGAUCAUCUUUUAACUGACUGCACGAAAUUUAAUGUACAGUUUCCGGAUAAAGUGAAUGAAAUAUUUGCAAAAGUUGAAAAUGAAUUUAAGAAACAGAGUGAACAGUGGGAAGUUUAUGAGAACUUUAUGGCGGAAUAUGAUGAAGUUGGCACCGAAGAAUGGGCUGUCUAUCGGCGUCGUCCGUACCUUCUAACGGACUUCCUGUCAAAGUGGGAAUCGAAAUUAGCUGCGACUGCCGUGACGAUUUCCAGUGUGCGGAUUCAGAAUUUAAUUAGUCGCAUUCGCGGGAAUUUGCCGAACAUCACGUUGCUGCAAUCUGACGCCUUGGUAGACCGGCACUGGGCAAAAAUCAUCCAAAUACUGGGCAUGACAUCGAAAUCGUAUCACGAUGUCAAGCUGAAGGAGUUGCUGACUGUUAUUGAUGGCUUGGAGCAAAAUACCACGGAAAUACAGAAUAUUGUGCGGCAGGCGACAUCCGAGCAAAUUGUUCGACAAGCGAUCACGGAGUUGGAACAGUGGGGGGUAACGGCAACACUCAAAACGACAAUUCACACAGACAGCAAGGGAACACCGCUGACACUCGUGAAGGAGUUUCAGGAUGUCCUUAAUAAAAUUGGCGACAACCAAUGCCUCUUGCAAUCAGCGAAAAAUUCUGUAGCUUUCGAUUCAUUUUCGGACCAAGCUGAGAUCUGGGAGACAAAACUCACGAAUUUGGAUUACAUUUUAACGAACAUCAAUCAAAUACAAAGAAAAUGGAUCUAUUUAGAGCCGAUCUUCAGCGUUGGCACUUUGAAAAAUGAGGAAAAUAUAUUUCUCCGCAUUGAUAAGGAUUUUCGUUAUAUCAUGCGAGAAAUUGAGCAAGAUACAAAGAUAUUGUCACUCUUGAAAAUACACAAUAUCAUGUCGAUAAUAAAUGCACUCAUCAAUCAAUUGACACGAUGCCAGAACACAUUAACGUCAUAUAUCACGGCGAAACGAAAUGCAUUUGCUCGCUUUUAUUUCUUGGGUGACGACGAUCUGCUCGAGAUACUGGGACAGUCAACCAAAGAGAUAAUUAUACAGAAACACAUUAAGAAAUUAUUCCCAGGUGUAUUUAAAGUCGGCAUCGUAGUGCGAGGUAAGUGAUUGAUUUUUGUCUAUAAUACUUCCUUUAUCACGACGAUUUAUAGUGCUGAAGGUGAUGAAAUUAAAUUGAAAAAUGAUGUGUGCAUGAAGAGUUCAGUUGAGGAAUGGCUCAAUCAGUUUGUCAGUGAAAUUAAGAGUACGAUGAAGGAUUUAAUUGUAAAAUGUUGUAAACACGAGCAGAUUACGUUGGAUCAAAUUAAAAAAUAUCCCAUGCAGGUAAUCUGUCUGGCAAAUCAAAUUUCGUUUACAAAGCAAACAGAAAAGGCCAUUGGCUCGAUGACUUUACAAAAUCACCUGAAAUUCAUAAAGGACAACAGCCACCAAAAGGCACCCGAGGAACAAAAAGUGCAUCAAAAUUUGAUUCAGAUUAAAAUUAGAGCGUUAUUAUUUGACUUGGUAUGGCAGACCACAACAAUAGAAUAUUUAUUAAAACAUAAUGUAACAAAUUUGCAAGACUGGCACUGGCUGCAACAAUUGAAAUUCUAUCUCAAUGAGAGAGACCAAAUUGUGCGAAUCCGUAUGGUUUAUGCCGAAUUUGAAUACUCCUAUGAGUUUCUGGGGAACUAUAGUAAACUCGUGUACACAUCUUUGGCACAUAAUUGUUACUUGACUCUGACGCAGGCAAUGCAUCUGGGAUGCGGUGGAAAUCCUUUCGGACCCGCUGGCACAGGCAAAACGGAAUGCGUUAAGGCACUCGGUGCGAUGCUGGGCAGAUUAGUUUUUGUCUUUAACUGUGACGAGAAUAUCGAUACUACAGCGAUGGCUUUAAUACUUUCUGGCUUGGCACGUUGCGGCGCUUGGGGUUGUUUUGAUGAAUUUAACCGUUUACAAGAUAGUACACUCUCGGCAAUUUCCAUGUUGAUUCAACCGCUGCAAACGGCUUUAAAGGAGCAAAAACGAGAAGUUUGCUUAAUGGAGGAGAAUAUCCCAUUGAACCCACAUUGCUGCAUUUUUGUGACACUGAAUCCGGCGGGAGCGGAGUAUGGGGGCAGGCAACAGUUGCCGGCGAAUUUGCAAGCGUUGUUUAGACCGAUUGUGAUGCAACAACCGGAACCGAAGGAGAUUGCGAGAGUCAUGUUGUUUGUGGAAGGAUUUCAAUUUGCUGAUCGGAUUGGAUUUCGUAUUGUGGAGUUGUUUGAUUUAGCGCAAAAAAUGUUAUCAUCUCAACGUCACUACAACUGGGGACUACGUGAGCUAAAAACAGUUCUUCUCGGCUGUGGUCGCAUCUUAAAAGAAAUAAAAACAUCCAAUACCGUCACAACAUCCGAAGAAAAAGAAAUGGAAAUUGCCGUACAAGCACUCCGUUCCAACACCAUGUCAAAACUCACCGUAUCUGACGGCAAACGUUUCGACAUGUUAAUUGCCGAUGUCUUUCCCAACACGAGUCUCACGGUGACAUUACACGACACCCUUCGUACAUGCAUCCGACAGGCAUUUAGCGCUACCGGCCUAAUUGCUAAUGAGCGACAAAUCGAAAAGUGCCUCGAACUGUACGAACAACUGCAAAAACGGAUGGGGGUCGUGAUAAUUGGACCGCCAAAUUCCGGCAAAACAUCAAUAAUUUCAUUACUGAAGGAGGCACUGGCGCUGAUGCAACAAACGAUUCGUACGUACACAAUUUCGCCGAAAUCUAUGACACGUGACCAAUUGCUCGGGAAAUUGGAUCCCGAUACGCGUCAGUGGCAUGAUGGUGUGCUAACAACAGUAGCGAUUGCAGCAAAUUCUGAGCCAUUGAAUGUUACGUCAUGGACCAUUUGCGACGGAGACUGCGACCCCGAAUGGCUCGAAGCACUCAAUUCUGUGCUAGAUGAUAAUCGUCUACUUACAUUACCAUCUGGAUGGCGAAUACAAUUUGGCAAUAACGUUAAUUUCAUUUUCGAAACGCACGAUUUGUCGAAUGCAUCACCAGCGACAAUUUCUCGUAUGGGAAUAAUCAAUUUAAGCUCGGAGGAUUUAAAUCACACCCUUAUAAUUGAAUCAUGGCUAUCAAAACAAACAAACUCAGAUGAUUUAAAGUACUUUAUAGAAAAUUACUUUUAUAAAGCGCUGAGUUGGAUCGAGGAUACAAAAAAUUGGCCCGAUUUUACAACCCAGAUAGGAUUUAUAAAGUGCGGUUUACAAACAGUUCCAGCAACCGUACAUAAUAAAGAUGAAUUUUGUAUAAACAUGCUGAGAGGUUUUACCAGCGCCAUGGAUAUAGACACUCGCAAUGAGUUUGCUAAUAAGGUCGGUGGUAUGCAAAUAUUAGGAGAUUGUAGCACAGCUGUUUUUCAAUGGGCUGAUAUCUACGUGCACAAUCCCGGUGUUGCAGAAUAUUGUUUUUACAAUAAUUUUCGUAGUGCAGUUGAAGUUUAUGACACUGAUGAAUUAUCGACAACUGCAUACAAUGGAAGUGGAGGCAGCGACAACAGCAUUGGCGUCACGCAUAACGUCCUGAUAAAAACGGCAAUUGUUAAAGUUAAUAGUGAGACAUUAAGGGCAUUUUUACGGAGCGACGAGAAGCCGUUAUUUUUAUUGGUUGGCUUGAGUGGCAGUGGCAAAAGCCUAUUAUUGCAGAAUGUAACAGCCGAAUUCUCCGGUUAUCAACUUGUCACAAUACAUUGCAGCGCCCAAAUAACUGCCAACUACAUUACGUACAUUCUGAAGCAGAAUUGCAUCAGUGUAUCUGGCGUUCGUGGCAAAGAGUACAAACCGAAAUUCGUUCGUUUAAUCUUGUAUCUGAAAAACAUUGAACUGUGUCCGAUUGAUAGCUAUGGAUCGAGUGAAGUUAUCGAAUUGCUACUUCAGCUUAUCAAUCGAAAUGGAUUUUAUUCGGAAACACUUGAAUGGAUCAGCAUAUCUGGCCUACAAAUAUGUGGCUCGAUGAAUAGCAUUACGAAACAAAAUCUCUCCAGUCGGUUUUUAGCAAAGGCAAAAUAUCUGAUAAUGGGAUAUCCGUCUGCAAUGGACAUGCAAAAAAUUGUACAAUGCAUGCUCUCACCUGUACUCAAUAAAUUUGACAAUAUGAAUGGAAAUGAGAACAUGAAUCAACUGGCAGAGUCCAUGAUAAAUGUGUAUAGUGAGAUCACAAAUCGUUUCAAUGCGAAUCAAAGUGUUCAUUACCGAUUCUCGCCAAAAAUGUUGGAAAAUUGGAUUAAAGGCAUCCAGCAUUAUCCCAGUGACAAGAUACGAGAGGCCAUAAUUUACGAAUGUGACAGAAUUUUCGGAGAUCGCUUAAUAAAUGCAACGCAUCACGAGGAAUACGCGAAAUUUGUGCAAAAAUCCUUCAAAGGAACACCCUUCACAAGAACCGAUGCCUUCUUCAUUCCAUCGAGUGCAAAAUCAACUCAAUUACAGUACAAUUCAACGGAACAAUGGCAAGAAAUCUUAUUACGAACGCUUUCGAUUGCGAACACGGAAAAUCUAUUUAUCGAUACGCCAAUCACGUCGGAAUUGCUCGAUUUAACGGCAAACAUUUGUCGUGUGCUGUCUCGACCGAGAACGAAUUUGACGGUGUGCGGCAUGACGGGUAGCGGCAGAAACGAAGCGAUUGCACUGGCAACGACCUUUUUGCAUAUCAAGACGUUUGGACCGACGCCCGUCAACUCGUACGGGUUGAAUGACUUUUAUAACGAUCUGAAAAUUGCGAUGCAAGUGGCUGCGUUGGAGAAUGAAGUUGUCGUUUUUGUCAUAGAUCAAACGUGGUUGUCCUACUCGAAGGAUUUGAUGAAGCCAAUUGAAGCGGUUUUGGAAGGCAGUGAGAUUCCGGAUCUUUUUGGGGAUGAUUUGGAGACGAUUGCGGGACCCUUGAAGAAUGCGGCGCAGAUGGAAGGGUAUCAAGAAUCGCUCGUGAUGUAUUUCCAAAGACGUGUGCAACGAAAUUUACAUUUAAUUUUGACUUUGGAGACAACGUCAAGUACUUUACAAGAAUUAUUCGAGGAAUAUCCCGCAAUUUAUCGAAGCACAGAAAUAAUUUGGAUCAAAGAAAUGAGCGCUGAGACACUUGAACUCCUUCCAAAACUUAAUUUGGAGAUUUUGGAGCCUCCGUCGAAGAAUGAACCACUUGCUGUACCGCAAUAUUUCAAUUAUCUCAAGAAUUUUGAACUAAAAUGGUCGAAAUCGCCUAAAAGAUUCAGUCAAUUGAUCAAAACUUAUUUCCAUAUUUACAAACAAAUGAAAGGACAGAAGGAAAAUUACUUCAAUAAACUUAAGAAAGGCGUUGAUAAGCUCUCCGAAGCCCAUUCCGUAGUCGAUCGCUUGAAAACCGAAGCCACCGAACAACAAACAGCCGUCGCUGAAAAACGCAAACUCGCUAAUCAAGCGCUGGAAAUGAUUUCAAUGACGAUGCGGAGUGCAAAUAACCAAAAAACCGACAUGCUUGAGCUGAAAAAACAAACAGAAGAGAGCAGCAAGAAACUCAUGAUACGUCAAAAAGCGAUAGAAGAAGAACUAAGUCUCGUUGAACCCAUUUUAAAAGAAGCUAGUGCUGCUGUUGGUCAAAUAAAAAGUGAAGCUUUGUCAGAAAUUCGUUCGUUACGAGCUCCCCCCGACACAGUUCGUGACAUUCUCGAAGGCGUCUUGCGAUUAAUGGGUAUCCGCGACACCUCCUGGAACAGCAUGAAGACAUUUUUAGCGAAACGUGGCGUCAAAGAAGACAUUCGUUCACUGGAUCCGGCGAGAAUUAGUCCCGAAAAUUGCGCUUCAGUUGAAAAGUUGUUAAAAGCCAAGUCAGACUCGUUCGACGAGAGAAAUGCAAAAAGAGCAUCAGCAGCUGCUGCUCCACUCGCAGCUUGGGUUAAAGCGAACGUGCAAUAUUCGAAAGUUAUUCAGAGCAUUAAACCACUUGAGAGGGAACAAAACGAGCUGCAGGCGAAUUUAAGGAGAGCUGAAGCUGAAAUGUCUAGUUUAUCGUCGGGACUCGAUGAUGUCAAUGCAAAAGUGAAAAAAUUAUCGGAUCAGCUUAAUAUGUACACGCAAGAGGCAGCAGUGCUUGAAAUUAAACUCAAAGAUGCCCAAUCGACGUUAUCGUCAGCAACGGUUUUAAUUGAAAAACUUUCCUCCGAAUACACGAAUUGGAGUAAGGAGCUGGAAGUCAUCACGAAUGAGAUCCAACAACUCUCGUUGAUCGCUUUUGUCGUCAGUUUAUGCAUCACGCAACUCAGUGACAUGCUAAUCGACGAACGUCUCGUGAUUCUCGAAAAAUUAUCGAAAAUUUUGAACAUCAAAAAUUUUUCCAUCGAAGACAUGAUACUAAAAAGUCAGGAUAAAGUCAUUUACGAGUCGAUUGGAUUGACUCCCGAUCAACAAUCGAUGGAAAAUGCUGCGAUUUUAACACAAAUGUUGACAUUACCCUUCGGUUCGGCGCCUUUACCACUCUUACUAGACCCAACCGGGCAAUGUUUGAAAUGGCUCAAAGGUUAUUUGGCCUUGAAAGAAACUUCUUUUGAGGAAACCUAUCAAAGCGCCGACCGUUUCACGUAUAAUUUGGAACUGGCAGUGCGUUUUGGCAAAGUUGUAAUUGUUCACGAAGGACAGAAUCUGAGUCCGCCGUUGUUGUCGCUCAUCACGAUGAAGACCUACAACAGAUUUAACAAGAAAAUGGUCCAAAUUGGCAACAAACUCGUGGAUUUGCACGAGAAUUUUAGACUAGUCUUACACACGAGCUCGAAAUCUGUGAAGUUAAAUGGAGAUUUGAGUGCUUUUUUGACCCCAAUUCACUUUACGAUCACGAGUCUCGGAUUUACGGACCAACUGAUGCUCAAAUGGAUCGUCUUGAAGAAGCCGGAAUUGGAGCAAAAACGUGUGGAAUUGCUGCGAAACGAGGGAGAAUUGUUGCAAAAGAAAACAAAGUUGCAAGAUACGUUGCUGGAAGAGUUGUCGAAUGCACAAGGUGACAUUUUGAAAAAUGAGCAACUUUUUAAUACGCUUAAUAAUAUCAAAGAGAGCACAAUUUCCAUUGAGGAAUCCCUAAAAGAGUCGUACGAAGUACGGAGUAAAUUAAUGGAAGACUAUAAUGAAUUUAAACCUAUUUGUAGUAGUUCAGCAAGGUUUUAUGUUGGGAUUAGCAAAAUUUAUAAUUUUACAACAAUGAAUUUCGUACAAUUAUUUUUAAAGGCAGCCGACACAGACAAUACAUCUGAAACGGAAGUCAUAUACAAAAAAUUAGUUCGGCAAACGUACAUUAUCCUAAGUAGGUCCGUCGCACGAAAGGAUCAAAUUGCUCUAGGCCUGAACAUUUGUAAGCAUGCAUAUCCAGAUGUGGUACCGGAAAAAGAAUGGGAGUUGUUCGUGUUUAAUUUCAUGAUGUCCGAAAAUGCUACAGAUGACCAAUUACCAACGUGGAUCCCAACUGAGCUUACACCGAAGCUGCAAAGUAUUAAGAGUCAAACACCCAACUUUUACACCGCACUUCAACUGCAAGACGAAAACAUUUGGCGCAAAUAUGUCGACACAUCACGUGGCGGUACCCCCGAAAUUCCCGUUAACGUCACAGAUUUCCAAAAAAUACUCAUUGCACAAGUUUUUCGUCCCGAUUUGUUAGUUGCAACCAUCACCGCCUCCGUUUCAAAAAUUUUAGGCAUCAAAAACUUGUCUGGCAUGCAACUUUCGAUCAAACAUUUGUCCGAGGAAAGUAGUGCUGAUCAACCUAUUCUCAUUGUCGCCUCAUCCGGAGCCGAUCCAGCAGCUGACAUCAAGGAAUGUGCAAAGAACAACCGAAAAGAGCUCGUUGAGGUGUCCAUCGGCAAAGGUCAGGAGAAACAUACGUUGUCCCAAAUAAAAAGUGCAGCGGAAAACGGCAAUUGGAUUUGCAUCAAAAACGUUCAUUUGGCGCCAAAAUGGUUGAUUUCGCUGAACGAAGAGUUCCGUAUCGCUGAGUUGAAUCCUUCGUUCCGCAUGUGGAUGGUUUGCGACUCGGACAAAGGAUUUUCCGAGACUUUCGUCAAUAGUUGCACGAAAAUUGUCUUUGAACCCCCAGUUGGCAUCAAGAGCAAAAUUAAAUAUUUGUUCGAGCAAUUCUCAAAUGUGAUGAGUGUCAAGCGGAAUUUCAGUUAUAUCAAACCGCACGUCGCUUUGUUCAUUUUACAUGCAAUUAUUCAAGAGAGACGUUCUUAUGUGCCGCAAGGAUGGUGCAAAUGGUACGAAUUUGGCGAAGCGGAUCUCAAAGCUGCCAUGGAUUUGCUUGCGAUGAUCUUAAAAGCGAACUCAACAGCAAUUGAUUGGCCUUUAUUGCAAGGAUUAUGCAAGAAAAUCGCCUACGGAGGAAGAGUAGAUUACUUACAAGACUUUGACAAACUCGAGGAAUUGCUUCAAGAGUUCUUUGAUUCAAGCAUCAUGAACAAUCGAUGGUCCCCCUUGAAAUUGCCGAUAAUUUUAUUGAACUCCGGCGACGUUCAAGAGUACUUAAAUGUCAUUGACGAGCUCCCCGAUGGCGAAAAUCCCGAAAUUAUUGGUUUGUCACCUUCAACAAACAUUUCCAAAGAUUUAAUUUUCUGCCGAAAUCUUUUAAAGGAUCUUCGAAGCAAAUAUUUUAACGUCGAAGAAGGACAAAAUUACGACAAACGCAUUAAACCGAUCUUGAAUUUGUGGAAAAAAUUGGUUUCUGUAACAACUGUCAUGAAAACGUGCGAAAUGCUCAAAACCGAUGUGCCCACAGACGAUCCUUGGAUCAUUUUUAAGCAAUCAGAGUUGAUUUUGGGCGGAAAGUUGUUUAAUUUGAUCCAUAAGACAUUAACUCGAUUACAUGCCGUGAUGAAAGACCCGAAUGCGAUGUCCAAACCAGAAAUCGUGUUAAUGAAGUGCCUUUGUGAGAACCAAGUCCCGUUGGAGUGGAAAAAAUUAUGGAAUGGCCCGAAACUUGCAACGGAUUUCAUCAAAAGUGUCGUCACGAAAGGAGUUGAAGCGGAAAAACGAUUCCGUGGCAAGGAUCGCCUCGAAGGAGAAAUUAAUUUUGGAGAAAUUUACAACGUAAGAACGUUUUUAGCGACUUUCAAGCUCAUAAAAUCGCGAGAAAUGAAAGUUUCAACGAGUAAUUUGUCGUUGAGGACCAAUUUUGACUUGAACAAACAACAUAAUGGAUCGGUUUUGAUAUCGCCCAUCAAGAUUGAUGGAGCUUCAUUCAAAAAUAAUCGCCUAAUUCUCACAACAGACAAAAAUUCAUCCGUUUCAAAGACAGACAAGUUCGAAAUAUUUUACGUUUCAAAGGUAAAUGGCAAUUUAGGGUCUCCAUUAGCAACGAAUACCAUGGAAAUCCCUCUUUAUAACAACAUUUUGAGAGAAGAUCUGAUUUGCAUGAUUCAAGUGGAGGUUGUUCCAUCUCCAUCUGACGUCAUUUACUCGGGAGCUGCUUUUAUCGUUCCCGAAUAA